AUGGAAGAGAAUGAUUUACCUUCUACGCUAUGUCAGAAGAUUACGAUGAUAUUUGUAGCUAUAUCAAACAAUAUAUCAUUCUUUAUUGUGCUUUCUAGCGCUCAAAGAAUUAUUUCAAGAUAUAAUCAGCCAGGAUUUUUACCAGCCAUUGACCUUGCUUUAAGUUUCAGUGGUCUUUUUGCUGGUUCAGUUAAUACAGCACUUACUCAACGUAAUGUUUCAUACGAUAUUCGAUUUCUUUCGAUAGUUAUUUUAAUGGGAGUUGGAUACAUUGGUUGCGCAUUUGCUCCUCAAUUCUGGAUGUGCUUAGUAUCUGUUUUUCUACUUGGUGCAUCUUGUUUCUUCGGAGAAUCUGUUAUCAUUGGUUACAUGGCUUAUAUCAAGAAAUCUUCAAUGAUGAAAUCAUGGGGUAUUGGAACUGGUGUUUCAGGAAUAAUAGGUUCUUUACUAGCGAUUAUGUUCAUUGACAUUGAAUUUAGUUAUUCUCUCUCAUUUUUAUGCUUUUUACCAUUUGUCGCAAUCAUGGCAGUAUCAUAUUUCUGUAUCUUACGAGAGAAACCACCCACAUUAGAUACAAAACCAUUAGUUUCCGAAAAUACAGAAACAAUUACAGAAAAUGAGGAGAAACUAAACUCAUGCUCACCUGAUUUCCUCAAGAAAGUCGUUUACUACUUCCUUACAUAUGACAUUAUAUAUUUUUCACAAGAUGUGAUUGCAACUACAUUUCUUGACUGUGCUCAGACCCAAGAUUACCACGCAACACACAAAUAUAUCUUCCCAUUAUUGAUGCUAUUCGAAAAUAUUGGUAUUUUGAUCUUUUGUACUUCACUUUCAUUUUUCCAGUUCCCUCAUCUCAGAUAUUUAACUGCUUUCCAAGUUUUGAACUUCUUUGCCUGGAUGUUGCAAGGAAUCUAUCAUUGGAUGCCAAUUUGGUACGAAUUCCUUUCUAUCUUUAUUGUGGGAUCAAUUGCUGGUUUGACUUAUGCCAAUACCUUCCAUAUGAUACUUAUUGAUAAUAAAUUAACAGCUCGCGAAAAAGAACUUGGAUCUAAUGUUACAACGUUCAGUUCUACUGUUGCAAUUGUUUUUGAUACGAUGUUUGGAAUCAUUGCAGAAAAGACAUUCCUUAGUGCUUCUGUUCCAAGAAGCUGA